AUGGCCCAAGACAAGCUGAAGAAUAUCCCAGAGACCCAGGUCUCUCGACCCUCCUCCCCUUCAAACCCGCCCUCCUCUACCCAGGGCGUCCAUAGCCGACGCAUCCCGAUAUUCUUUCGCAGCACGCUCUUCCAAAUACUCACCGUUGGCCUCUGUGCCUUUUGCGCGCCAGGUAUCUGGUCAGCCAUGAACGGCCUUGGAGUCGGCGGCUCGCAGUCCCCGAAUCUCGUGAACGCAGCCAAUGCCCUCCUCUACGCCUUCAUGACGGUUACCUGCUUCCUCGGCCCCUUCUUGACCAACCUGGUCGGCUUUCGAUAUACCCUGUCACUGGGCUCAAUUGGAUACCCACUCUAUGCGGCGGGGCUGUAUCUUAACAACAGGACCGGCGCGACAUGGCUCGUCUAUCUUGGCUCCGUGACCUGCGGGAUAUCAGCGGGCUUCUUCUGGAGCGUCGAGGGAGCAAUUGCCACGGGGUAUCCGGAAGACCGCAAGCGGGGGAGAUAUAUAGCGACGUGGUUUACGUUCCGCAAUUUCGGCAAUAUCAUUGGCGGAGCUAUCUCGCUGGGAAUCAAUGUCAACCUUAAUCAGCAGGGACAGGUGGGGUACCAGACAUACCUGGGCUUCAUCGCCAUUCAAUGUCUAGGGUGCUUGAUUGGACUCUUGCUAUCGAAUCCAGAAAAGGUGGUCAGAGAUGACGGGACGGAGAUCGCGGCCAGUACCGACACUAUUCAUUGGAAGACAGAGGCUAAGGCAAUGUGGAAGAGAGGCAAAAGCAAGCCCAUUCUUUUGCUGACACCCCUAUUCUGGUACUUUGGCUGGGUCCAAGCCUACCCGGGCACAUACCUCGCAACGUACUUUACUAUUCGAUCCCGGGCACUGGGCAGCUUCCUCUCUGCCAUCGUCGGAACAAUCGCAACCUGGCUCGGUGGCUCCCUCGUCGAUAUUCCCUGGACAUUGAACCGCAAGCACCGAGCCCUGGCGACGUGGACCCUCAUCGCCGCCCUCAACAGCACAACAUGGAUAUGGGCCGUAAUUAUCCAGAACGAAUACCGCCACACUAACCCUGUCCUCGACUGGGACGACCAGAGGACCUUCGGCCGGGGGUUCGGCAUAUACCUCUUUGAGCGACUGAGUGUGGGGAUCGUCGAAAACUACAUAUAUUGGUGUAUUGGGAACCUUUCCGACUCGCCUGGUGAGCAGAUCCGGUAUAGCUCGCUGCUGAGGGGGAUUGAGACUGCUGGAGUGGCGGUGGGAUUUGGGGUGCAAGCUGUGCCGACAACCUUGAUUGUGACGGCGGGCAUUAACUUUGGGUUAUGGUUCUUCGCACUUCCCAUUAGUUUCUGGGCCACAUUAAUGGUUGUCAGGAAAUUUGAGGAGGCGGCCUGGAACAGUGCGGUUCGGUAG